AUGCCAGAUCUCGACUGUGACGUUUCUCUCACUAAUUUUUCUAUAUUUCUAUGGAACAGUACUGCCUACAAUGUAUGCGACGAAAUGAACAAACCGAUCAGUCAUGCAGCACCGAUAUCUCGGCGCACGAAGAAGACGCCACACAGAUACAUGACAAAAACCUAUGCAGUCAUUUCUGGCACAUCUCCAGAGCGGUAA